AUGACAUGUCUCAUGCCUAUGCCUGGCCGGGCCGCUGAACUAGCUCCUUGUGCCACCCGCGCGGUAGAUACACCGACUGGGAUUCCCGAAGGAUGGCCCAAAACAGUCAAUGUGCCUAUGGCAUGGUCCGGUUCUCAGUUCAAACACGAAUCAGAGUACAUCUUAACUUUGAGCGAGUUGGAUGUACAGGAAGCUGAAAAGGCUCUACAGUCCUUCAAAACGUUGGGUCUCGAUGGGGAUUGUGUCUCCCGGGACAAUUUCCCCCUUCCUACUUUGGGAUCCCGACUGGAUCAAGUUCGCCAAGACAUCCAUCAAGGCAAGGGCUUCGGUGUCAUUCGUGGUCUGGACCCACAGAACUACUCAGUCGAGGAUCUGACGGUCCUAUAUCUCGGUAUUCAGUCGUACAUCGCCAGCUGUCACGGCCGCCAGGACCGAAAAGGCAACAUGCUUGUUCACAUCGUUGCCGACAAUUCUUCCAAUCUCAAGGCUGGCCACCAUCGCCAUUCCACCUCCCCCAUUACUUUUCACAACGAGGAAGCUGGCGACAUCGUGAGCUGGCUCACUCGAAACACAGCCGUCUCAGGAGGCAAAUGCAUCAUCGCAUCGGCCUACACCGUCUAUAAUGUCCUUGCCGCCAGUCGCCCUGACAUGAUCCGCACAUUGUCUCGCUCCGACUGGCCGUUUGCCCUGCCCCGCUUCCAGUGCCGCCCUGUCCUCUUCCACCAUGAUGGGAGAGUGAUGAUGAAUUUUGGGAGAGUAGCCCUGACAGGGAAUGCGGUUCACCCACGCUCCAGCAAUCUCCUCCCCGUUACUCCACGCCAAAUGGAAGCUCUGGACUCCAUCGAGAAUAUUGCCAAGGCGACUCAAUUGGAGAUCAGCACACAGCCAGGCGACAUGCACUUCAUCAACAACCUCACAGUCUUGCAUCGCCGUGGAGGUUUCGUCAAUGGUGAAGCUGCUUCGGAGCGUCGUCAUUUGGUACGCAUGAGACUUCGCGACAACGAAUUGGGAUGGAACCUCCCUGUGGAUCUAAGACGGGAGUGGUCUGAUGCUUUCAACAAGGACGCCCCCAAGGUCUGGCACAUUGAACCCAUGCCGGAUGGUUUCUUUCCCCUCAGGUCUCAGGCCAAUUGA